UGGCCUUCCUUGGGUCUCCUGGUUUCUCCCAGACCUGUGGGAGAAACGGGUGAAGAAAUCCCCUCUUCACCCCUCCCUGCUGGUUGGGAGAGGAGUUACUUCUGCUUGCUGUGGGUAUUCCGUAGGAAUUCCCCUCUGAUCGGCAGGCAGGGCAGGUUGCUUGGUAGGUGGUGGGGGCUCUUCAGCACUGAGGGCCUAACUGGAAGAUAAGCUCAGCUCCAAAACACAUCCUUCUUUUGAAAACAUCCAUGAAGGCCCUCUAGAGGCAUGGGACUGAAUCCCCCAACCUGCUCCUCUUUGUCUCCUUCACCUACCAGAGUGAAGAGUCUGUGGCCUUAGGUGCCUGCUUUCCCUCCUGUCUCCAUAACCAGCUGCCACACCUGCUUCCUUUUUUUCAGGGCGGCACUCCCCAUUCCCACUUCUGUCUUUCCCUCACAUUGUUGCCUGUCUUUUUCUUAGUUUUCUCUCUUCCUCCAUUUGGGAAAUUUUGGUUCUAUUUGGUUCUGCUGCUCUUCCAGGAGUGCAGACUCCCAGUUCCUCUUUGGAGCUUACUCUUCCCUUAGGCUGAAUGGGCUUGAGUAUCCCCUCCACAUCACCCCUCCCACCAAGCCAGUCCUCUUUUCCGUCGUCUAGUGACCAAACCUUUAUCAGGGUGUACGGGGUGUAUGCAGGUUUAUUGAGGGGAGGGGAGCAGAAUGAGGUCUGAUGGGCCGAGUGGAGCCUGGUGACUUAGGGCUGAGGCCUUCCCUACAGGGUGAGGAGGGGCCCCCCAGCCUGGAGUACAUCCAAGCCAAGGAUCUGUUUCCCCCCAAGGAACUAGUGAAAGAGGAGGAGAAUCUGCAGGUGCCCUUUACAGUGCUGCAGGGUGAGGGAGUGGAGUUCCUGGGCCGGGCAGCUGAUGCCCUCAUUGCCAUCUCCAACUACCGGCUGCAUAUCAAGUUCAAAGAUUCUGUCAUCAACGUCCCCCUCCGGAUGAUUGACACUGUGGAGAGCCGUGAUAUGUUCCAGCUGCACAUUGCCUGCAAGGACUCCAAGGUGGUGAGGUGCCACUUCUCCACUUUCAAGCAGUGCCAAGAGUGGUUGUCACGGCUAAGCCGGGCCACGGCGCGACCUGCCAAGCCUGAAGACCUCUUUGCCUUCGCCUACCAUGCCUGGUGCCUGGGGCUGACUGAGGAGGACCAGCAUACCCACCUGUGUCAGCCAGGAGAGCACAUACGAUGUCGGCAGGAGGCUGAGCUCACGAGGAUGGGCUUUGAUCUGCAGAAUGUCUGGAGAGUCUCCCACAUCAACAGCAACUACAAAUUGUGCCCCAGUUACCCGCAGAAGCUCCUGGUUCCUGUAUGGAUCACAGACAAAGAGCUGGAGAAUGUGGCUUCCUUCCGCUCCUGGAAGCGGAUCCCGGUGGUUGUGUAUAGACACCUCCGCAACGGGGCUGCCAUCGCCCGCUGCAGCCAGCCAGAGAUCAGCUGGUGGGGCUGGCGCAAUGCAGACGAUGAGUACCUGGUCACAUCCAUCGCUAAAGCCUGUGCCCUGGACCCGGGGACAAGAGCCACUGGGGGCUCCCUCAGCACUGGGAAUAGUGAUGCCAGCGAGGCAUGUGACACUGACUUCGAUUCCUCCUUGACCGCAUGCUCUGGAGUAGAGAGCACCGCAGCCCCCCAGAAGCUACUGAUCCUGGACGCUCGCUCCUACACGGCGGCAGUGGCCAACCGGGCCAAGGGUGGAGGCUGUGAGUGCGAAGAGUACUACCCCAACUGUGAGGUCGUGUUCAUGGGGAUGGCCAACAUUCACGCCAUCCGGAACAGCUUCCAGUAUCUCCGGGCUGUGUGUAGCCAGAUGCCCGACCCCAGCAACUGGUUGUCAGCCCUGGAGAGCACGAAAUGGCUGCAGCACUUGUCAGUGAUGCUCAAGGCGGCCGUGCUCGUGGCUAAUACCGUGGAUCGGGAGGGCCGGCCUGUGCUGGUGCACUGCUCCGAUGGCUGGGACCGGACGCCACAGAUCGUAGCCCUGGCCAAGAUACUGCUGGACCCAUAUUACAGGACACUGGAGGGCUUCCAAGUUUUAGUAGAGUCUGACUGGCUAGAUUUUGGACACAAGUUUGGAGACCGCUGCGGCCACCAGGAGAAUGCAGAGGACCAAAAUGAGCAGUGCCCGGUGUUCCUCCAGUGGCUUGAUUCUGUUCAUCAGCUGCUCAAGCAGUUCCCCUGCCUGUUUGAGUUUAAUGAAGCAUUCCUGGUCAAACUGGUGCAGCACACGUACUCCUGCCUCUACGGCACGUUCCUGGCCAACAACCCCUGCGAGCGAGAGAAGCGCAACAUCUACAAGCGGACCUGCUCUGUGUGGGCUCUCCUGCGGGCUGGCAAUAAGAACUUUCACAACUUCCUCUACACACCUGGUUCUGACAUGGUCCUGCAUCCUGUAUGUCAUGUCCGGGCCCUGCACCUCUGGACAGCUGUUUAUUUGCCAGCAUCGUCUCCAUGUACACUCGGGGAGGAGACCAUGGAUCUCUACCUUUCUCCAGCAGCUCAGAGCCAGGAGUUCUCUGGCCGCUCUCUGGACAGAUUACCUAAAACCAGAUCUAUGGAUGAUCUGCUUUCUGCCUGUGACACAAGCAGCCCCCUGACUCGCACAUCUAGUGACCCGAACCUUAAUAACCACUGUCAGGAGGCCAGAGUAGGCCUGGAGCCCUGGCACAGCAAUCCUGAGGAAUCCGAGACCUUCGUGGAAUCUGGGGCAGGAGGUCCUCAGCAGACUAUAGGAGAAAUGGGUCUUCCUUCCCCUCUGCCCAGUAGCCAGAAAGACUACUUGAGCAAUAAACCCUUCAAGAAUCAUAGAAGCUGUUCUCCAAGUUACAAACUGCUUAGUACUGCAGUGCCCCAGGAGAUGAAGAGCAACAUCUCUGAUCCUGAGAUUCAAGUCCUGGAAGAGACGACGACACCAGCUCUAGACCCUCCUGCCCACAAUGAGCUGAGUAGGACUUUAGAUGGCACGGAGGAACUACCUGAACCUUGUCCUGAAAAAGAAGCUCUCGGUGCACUCUCUGAAGUGGCUUCCAACAAGGGUCAUGGAGUUUGUGAUUUUCCUGAGUCUUCCCAGGACUCCCUUACAGGUGCCCCCCAACGCGCCCUGAUAAAUUCCAUGCUAGGUGUGCCCUCCAGAUGUGCUCCAGAUCACAGUCUGGGUACCCUUUGCAACCCACUGAGUGCUACCUGCCAAACUCCUCCAGAGCCAAGCACUGACUUCCUCAGCCAAGAUCCCCCGGGGUCUGUGGCAAGCAUCUCCUACCAGGAACAGCCCAGUUCUGUGCCAGAUCUGAUUCAUAAGGAGGAAUACACUGGCAAAAGAGGGAAUAUUAGGAAUGGGCAGUUACUGGAAAAUCCUCGCUUUGGGAAAGUGCCAUUGGAAUUGUCCCGAAAGCCAAUUUCUCAGAGCCAGACCAGUGAGUUUUCUUUUUUAGGAUCCAACUGGGACAGCUUCCAAGGAAUGGUGACUUCAUUCCCAAGUGGGGAGACCACCUCUCGGCGGCUGCUUUCCUAUGGCUGUUGUAGCAAGAGGUCAAGCAACAAGCAGGUGCGGGCAACAGGGCCCUGCUUUGGGGGCCAGUGGGCUCAGAGAGAAGGGGUGAAGUCACCAGUCUGUUCUAGUCAUUCCAAUGGACACUGUACUGGUCCAGGAGGGAAAAAUAACCGGAUGUGGUUGUCCGGUCAUCCAAAGCAGGUCUCCAGCACAAAGCCUGUUCCACUGAGCUGCCCUUCUCCAGUGCCUCCUCUCUACUUGGAUGAUGAUGGACUCCCCUUUCCUACGGAUGUGAUCCAGCAUAGAUUACGGCAGAUCGAAGCAGGGUACAGGCAAGAGGUGGAGCAGCUACGUCGACAAGUGCGUGAGCUUCAGAUGAGGCUGGACAUCCGUCACUGCUGUGCCCCUCCAGCAGAGCCGCCCAUGGACUAUGAGGAUGAUUUUACAUGUUUGAAGGAGUCCGAUGGCAGUGAUAUAGAAGAUUUUGGCUCUGAUCACAGUGAGGACUGCCUUUCAGAAGCAAGCUGGGAACCUGUUGAUAAGAAAGAGACUGAGGUGACUCGCUGGGUUCCAGACCAUAUGGCAUCACAUUGCUAUAACUGUGACUGUGAGUUCUGGUUGGCCAAACGAAGACACCAUUGCAGAAAUUGUGGGAAUGUGUUUUGUGCUGGCUGCUGCCACCUGAAGUUGCCCAUUCCUGAUCAACAACUCUAUGACCCAGUUCUCGUCUGUAACUCAUGUUACGAACACAUCCAAGUAUCUCGUGCCAGAGAACUCAUGAGCCAACAUCUGAAGAAACCCAUUGCUACAGCUUCCAGCUGAAUGCCAGAGGAGAUGACCUGUCCAAUUUUAGCAGGUUUGAAGGGAGGAUCUGCUUCAGGUGUAGUUUUGAAGGUUCCUUGGUAUGGCUCAUGAAAUCACAGAGCUCAAAGUUAUCGUCUUGAGAAAUCCUCCUUGGUACCAUAGACUGGAGCAGAGGAAUUCCAAUUUGGCAGGAGGUCUUCUACUGGUGAGACCCUCACCUUGGGGUAAUGGUCCUGGAUCCAGACCCAGAGUCUGGAAGCUUAAUGUUGAGUUGGUGACUCCCACUUUUCUCCUGGGGGGGGGGUCACAAGAUGAUGAUUUCAUAGAUACUGCCUGAUGAUGUGCCCCAAACAGCAAUAGAAAGGCAUAUGUAUAACCAAACUCCAAGUGAUAAACAGAUUCAUCUCUCCACCUUGAAAAAAGCAGAUUCUAGUAUAUAAGAUAGGAAUUCCUAUUUGAAACGAACUAUAUCCUGUUCCUCUGUGCUCUGUGUCUGUGCAUGAAGGCUCAGUCUUUAGAGGCACUCCCUCUAGUUGCAGUAGUGCUGUCUUUCUGUGGAGUUGGUAUAAAGACUGGUUCUGCAAGUGGAGGUUUUGCUGUGUCUUUUCACUUGGCUCAUCAGCCAGCAUCAGUGAAUAUUCACUUUAGAGCAACAGUUCUAAGGAGUGAGACAUUUUAGGGAGCAGAGGAAAACUCUGCUGGUGUUCCGUUCUGGCAAAAAUCUGUUAUUUGGAGCUGUGAAGGCAGUAAGUAGUCUCUGUUACUCAGUGGCAGCUCUUGAGGUAUGCACUGUGAAGAAUGAGAAGGGAAAAGCAGAAAUGAUCCUUGUCAAAUAUUUGCUGAUUAUGCCCUGCCCUUUGCACCUGACUUUUCCUAGUUGUCCUGGUGCUAACACAGGAGUUACACCUUGAUCCUCUCCUGGCAUGAAAAUAAAACAAUGUUUUUUUUUUUUUUGUUGUUGUUGUUGUUCCAUUGCCCACUUCCCUAAUGUUGUCUUUCCCUUGGCUGCUGCCUCCUCUGGGUCACACUGCUUCUUAUCCUGAACACUUGACACCUUGAGGGUAGAAUUUAGCAUUUGGUUUUUACCUCCUAGAAUAUGCUGUUUGGUAUGUGAGGGUUUCAGUACAAAUGCUGCUGUCUAUUUCUGUGCACUUAACAAUGGAACCCAAACAGAAGAGAAUAAAGCCUUGAUACCAAAAUUGGGAGAGAAAAUGCGUCCACUUGGACCAAACAUUGGUGGGUUUUUUUUUUUGUGAUUUUUUUUGUUUGUUUUUU